CAAGGGCAUGUUGACCACUUUCAUGGUGUGACUGGUUCAAUACAUUUCAAUACCGGCAGCUCAAUCCUGGUGAUGUCCAAUAUGGGGCUGCGCCUCAAAGUGGUGGAUGAAGCGGAACAGAGACGGUUCUUGAUGCCGGUCCCAAGAAGUUUGGUGCUAGUUGCCGACCUGGCGAAACAUGUUCACAGGCGCAGCGAAAGCGAGUGACCAGUCUCCAAACAAUGUUUUGAACUUUCUGGUGGCCAGUUUAUUUUCCAGGAUUCUAGGACCAUCUAGGACCAUCCCGAACCCCUACCUGAAUCUAGUGGAAUCUAUGGAUUGAAAGGAUGGGCAAGAUGGUCCUGAAGGUCAACGGGUUUGCACUCUUGCCUACACAACGCAUUGUGGACGUUUUGCGUGAUGGAGAUGAAGUGACCGUUUCGCGUAACUGUGACAAGCCUGCGGCAACACUACAGCCAGACGCGAGAGAUCUUGCCAGCACAUCUCCUUCCAAAGCACCCAGGAGAAAGUCCCCGGCAUCAAAGGGAGACAUGGAUUCAAGCACACCAGCUGUCACGAUGACUUCUUUCCAAGCGGCCAUGGAGGCCAAAGAAGUGGUUGCAAGAGGAAAGCCUCCAUCCACCACGCCGCUUUGGCCUGCACCAAUUGCUUCCGAUUUGGCAAGAGCCAAGCAGCGUGAGCAAAGCUACCAACUUCAGCAGCAUGGCGACACACAGUCGCUCAGACACCCAGUUUUAGGUGAACUGGAGGUUCCAAAAGGACAGCAGCCAGAAGACUUCGUCAAUCGCAAGUUGAAGACCCUCCGCAAGGCAAUCCGAAAGCAGGUGGAGUACUAUUUCAGUGAUCUGAACUGGUCGAAGGAUGAGUACCUCCGUUCUCUCGCAGAUUCUGACGGCUUUGUGGCCAUCCCAAAUAUCAUGGACUUCAAACUCCUAAAGCAGAUCUGCUGCGAUUUUGAAACUAUCCGAGACAGUUUGCAGACUUCUGAAGAUCUUCAGCUCUCAGCCUGCGGCAACCGCUUGCGCAAGGCAGGCGCAAGCCUGCGCUGACCCUUUCAAAUAGUGGAAUGCGCAGAUUAGCGAAAUGCGCAAAUCAUUGAAACAAGGGCAACUUGAAACAUACUGGGUGGCCAAGUGUGAAGACCGUUGUGGAGCACAGGCUGUGGGUUGCAUUGAAGCCUUUCUUUCUGCAUUGCGUGGGUAAGCUUCUUGGACUCAGAGGAGUUCUCAUUGCUUUGCACCGUCUUGAAAGCAGCAGCAGGAGAGACAGAAACAACAUCCGCCGAGUUGCAUUUCGUGAGUUGACUGGUGCAGUAGGG